CUCCCCUCCUUCCCUUCCCGAUCGAGCCGGAGCCGGGGAAGGCGCCUCCGCAACUCCUGCCGCCCCGCCGGUGCCGCCAGCCGCCCGCAGGAUGAUCUGGAAAACUCUCCCGCUGCUCUGCGCCCUGCUGGCCGCCGCCCGCCUGCGGGCCGAGGAAGAGCCGAGGAGCAAAUCCAAGAUCUGUGCUAAUGUUUUCUGUGGAGCUGGGCGGGAGUGUACAGUGACUGAGAAGGGAGAGCCGACCUGCCUCUGCAUUGAGAAAUGCAAACCUCACAAGAGGCCUGUGUGCGGUAGCAACGGCAAGACAUACCUGAACCACUGUGAGCUGCACCGUGAUGCCUGCCUCACUGGCUCCAAGAUCCAGGUGGAUUAUGAUGGCCACUGUAAAGAGAAAAAGUCUGAGAAUCCAGCUGCAAGCCCAGUUGUCUGCUACCAGUCAGACAGGGAUGAGCUUCGUCGCCGUGUCAUCCAGUGGCUGGAAGCUGAGAUUAUCCCAGAUGGAUGGUUUUCCAAGGGGAGUAACUAUAGUGAAGUCCUGGACAAGUAUUUCAAGAGCUUUGAUGAUGGCGAUUCUCGCUUGGACUCCACUGAAUUCCUGAAGUUUGUGGAGCAGAAUGAGACUGCUGUCAACAUCACCACCUACAUGGACCAGGAGACCAACAAGCUGCUCAGGGGACUCUGUGUAGAUGCCCUCAUCGAGCUCUCAGAUGAAAAUGCUGACUGGAAGCUCAGCUUCAAUGAGUUUCUCAAGUGCCUCAGCCCAUCCUUCAACCCACCAGAGAAAAAGUGUGCCCUGGAAGAUGAAACCUAUGAGGAUGGAGCAGAGACCCAGGUGGAGUGCAACCGCUGCGUCUGUGCCUGUGGGAACUGGGUGUGCACUGCAAUGACAUGCGAGGGGAAGAAUGAGAAGGUGCCUGCUCAGAGACAGCGACCUGAUCAAGACUUGACUGAGGAGGAGCUGGCUAGAUACGUUCAGGAACUGCAGAAGCAUCAGGAGACAGCUGAGAAGACCAAGAGAAUGAGCACCAAGGAAAUGUAAGGGGCCUCCACACCGGAGGAGCCCAAGAGGACGGGCCCAACCUGCCACCCUGUCCUCCCAUGCUGAUCUCAGUAUGCACAAGUGUCUACUACAGUUGCCCAGUCACAGAUAUUUACAUUGUAUAGCAAUGGGUUAUUUGUUUUGUAAUACACAGAGAAUGGGGCCAGGAAAGGGGAGCAGAGCCCACCUGUUCAGGGAGCUUCAUUGCUGGGGCCUUGGAAGGCUGGGAGGGACUUCCAGCAGCUUCUGGGACCCUUUCCCAGAGCAGAGUGCUGCUUUCUCCAAGAGCUAACAGGGAUUUAUUGUUCCUCUGGAUCUGGGGAAAGGAUGGAGGUCAGUGCUGGAUAGAAGAAGGGGUCUUCAAGUCAACACAAUUGUCAGCACCGGCCUUGGCUGCGGAAACAGAGGCCCGGCAGUUUUGUGGCUGAGCACGUGUGCUGCAGGGCGUCGUUAGCCGACGACCUUGCCUUGCUUACCCUCCCCUUCAGCUCGAGCUCCUCAAAGCUGGGCAGCAUCUUGUGACACCUGGAAGUCUUGGUGCCAUGCUGCUGGCAUGAGUCCAGCACAUUCCUCCUUGCUUUCCACCAGACUGUCCCCAGCAGCUCCUCCAGUACAUUGUGGGCUCCAACACAACAUGGUUCCUUUUGACCUCAUCUCAUUCUUACUCUCCCUGCCCCCUCCUUAGAGGUGCUAUCAUAUUUUUUUCUUAUCACAUUCACAAGCUGACUCCCCCUUUUGUUUUGUUUUGGGUUUUUGGUUUUUUUAUUACUUUAUUUCCUAUGGUAGUAAUUCAGCUUUUGUAUGUUUGGUAGCUCUAGAUCUUUCAGGAAAACCCAGACUGUGGGUUUUUGUUGUUGACCAUGCUGUAACACGUGUGCACAGCUUGUACCACACUGCACUCAGCCACCACAAAACACCACCAACAACUUGUGAGCCCUGCACUACAGGGUAUUUAUUUCUCAGCUGGGGAUAGCAAUGUCCCUCAUGGGAAGAAGAGACAGGGCUGGAUGCAAGUAGUGUCACCAGGCACAGAUUGACACUGCAGCUCCCCAGCUCUUGCUCCCUUAGCUAGCAUUAACCAUGUGCUCAAAGUCUGUGCUCAUGCUGCUCUACAUUGCCCAGAGGGAAGUGCCAAGUAGUCUAGAGACAGAGGGACCAGGCAAUCCCAUUAGUAGGGUAUUUUAAAAUGCUUAACUUCGUUGAAGUCUGGGCUGUUAGCCAUCAUCUUGGGCUUUCCAUCUCCCACUGGGAUGAGGCAGCAGCAUUAUUCUCUGAUUCCAGGUCUGUGUUUGGAGUCAGGGCUGGAAGUCUCAUUACUAAUGCAUUUCACAGUGUCUCUGAUCAGACCAUCUUUGACUACCCUCACAUCCUUUCAUGGGUUAUUUUUUUCCGACUUGUUUCUCAGAGCAUUAGUUGUAGAUAUAAAUGAAAUGCUGUUUUGGUGACAAUCACUUCUGUAGCCUGAAGCCCAGCUGACUUUCUCCUGCAGUUGUCAUACACACCUGAACAUCCUUUUUCCACAUUCCCUUCAUGCCCCAGCUGUGCAUCCCACGCAGCUGCACAUACCCUGAGCCAAGAUGACUGCUUGAGACUUCCAUCUUCAUGUUGAUGAGCAACUUCAGCAGUUGAUGCCAGGUGUCUUGAAGUCCCUAGUGCUUACUCAAGUGAAACUCCACUUCCAUCUGCAAAGGCAUGUUCUGGUUGAGUGAAGAUCAGCAGGACUUUUGUCCCAACCUUCCCCUUUUUGCACAGUGCUUUUCUUGGAGGGGAAGAAGGAGCUGGUACCUAACAAGUGUAGGCAAAGAAAAAAGCUUUGUCCCUCCUGUGGUCUUGCACAUGAGCCAGAUUUGUUGAAGGCUGGCUGGUCUUUCAGCUGUUUUCCUGAUGUGAACCCAGAGGAUGUCCACUGGCUUUGGCACAGUGCCACAUUUCUAGUGAGACUCAUGCUCUGCCCUGCCACGCUCAAGAGGUUUUGGCCUAAUAAGGCAGCUGGUUCUUUUCCCAUGAGGGUCCGGAUUUGGGAAUCUGUCUCCUGUGAAGAGGAGGGGAAUGAGUCCACAGGAACUGAGGGAGGGUAGUGUGGACAACACUGGGACAGAGUAAUUGUGUUCUGGUGGCACUGGAUGAAGUGGUUGGUGGAAUUAAGAGCACCCAUUAGACAUGCCCUCACUUCUCCCCAAAAGUGUGAGUAAAACAGCUUCACGUGCUAGAUCUAGAGUCACAGGAACAUUGUUAAUACAUGUUUUGCUUUAUUCUGACCCUGCUCUGAAAAGUAGUUUGUGCCUUCCAGCUCACUUCCUGCCAGCUUGGAUCAUUAAAGUGCCUUAGAGAAAAAAUGACAGCUUGCCUUAAAGGCUUUCCCUAGAUGGGUAUGACAUUGUCCAGUCAGGAAAAUCUCCACCUGGGAGUAGCAGAGCAUGUGCAGGAAGGGGAGAUGAAUCCAUGGCUGAAGGGCUACUGUAGGCUGUAUUAUGUGAUACAGUCUCUAGUCCCUUUCCUGGCUCCUGUGGACAUGCUGCGUGGCUGCUGGGGACAGCUGGAGAGGUGGGUGCUGGCAGUAGAGGCUCACAGAGCUUGUACUGAAGGCAGAGGGAUGGGCUCCUACCUCAGGCAAGGCCAGCUGAGCUCUCUGACAAGCCAUACAACGCAUCCUGGGAUAGCCUGGUCGCAGCAGGGUGGGAGAUGGUGACCAGGGCUCCACUGAAACAGCAGUGGCCUGUGGAGCCUUUUCCUCCUUGUGCCCUCAAAAGGAAAAUGCAGCUGUGGAGGGCAAUGCCAGUUCUAAGGGCUACAGUACCCAAAGGAGACCCAAGCCUCUCACCUCCCCACGCUGAGGGAAGGAGUGGUGCCCUGCAGCAAGCUGGUCAGUCACUGUCUUCUGCAGGGUCACUUGGCUGCUGGGGAGGGAGGUGCUGAAUUCCAGCUGUUGCCCUCUGGGACAAUUGCUGUACAGAUUGCAAGAGGCAGGGAAGGCAUGUAUUUUUUUUUUCCAAAAAGCCAAAUUUAAGCAACAAACAAAAAAGUCCCACUCCUCCCUCUAUAUUCCCUCCUGUUCGUGUGUGAAGUUUAUCAGUAUUCUGUAGGUUUCCUUAGUGCACUUAUUUUACUUGAUUUUGUAAUUUUUUUUUUGAAGCAGGGGGGUUUGGAUAUUACUGCCAAAUAAAUGAAACAAAAUUUUAAAAAUAA